AUGUGUAAUCCUGAUGAAUGCAAGUUAGCAGUUCAUGUGCCUAGAACUCGUGAUCUGCUCGCUUCUACCUCAAAUCUCAAGCUUCCGAAACACAUUCCGACAACAGCAAAUCCAAGAGCUUUAGCCUCAUUGCUCAGUCUCCUUCCUCCAACCCCGGAAUCUCAUGCUGAUCGGACGACCAAAUCCCGAACACACAGGUAUCGUCGUCCGUUCAAAUCCAUCUCGCGUCAAUCCUCCGUGCCCUCUCUGGCUUCACCCGCGACUCUGGCACGGAAACACUCGACCUCAAAAUUGUCACACUCUGCAAUGAUUGCGGAAAUGGAUGUGCGUCAUCUGGCAUCUCGCGUUUCCGGUACGGUGCAACGCAAAUCGUCUACCAAAAGCCUGAAUGCGGAAUUUAUCGAAUCUCCACAUAAGCACAUUUCAAGUCAUCAGUUUGGCGUGCGUACUCCAUACCGAUCGUACUCUGCAUCACACUCACUGGAUUGCGCCCCAGUCUACUAA